UGUUUUUCUGCUGCCCACAUUUUACAGACCCGGAUCUGACCGGAUAUACUCCUCCAUCUCAUUCCGAAGGCCUUUUAAAGGGCCCAGGUUUCUAUCUUGCGUCAACUUGAUCUUUUCUGCCUUGGAUACCUCCCAAGAAAUGCCCACUAGUAUUCGUUCACUUCCUCCUGAACUGCUUUAUGCUGUUUUCGAGCUCACCAUGUCAGCAGAGAAUGAUCCCCUCGAGAGUCAUGAUGACGAGAUCACGGUGUCUCCUCCAUGGCCGGAUAUAUUUGACUUAAAGAAAGGGCCUUGGGUGCUUGCGCAAGUGUGCAGCCGAUGGAGAUUCAUCGCGCUAUCUAUUCCACAACUGUGGUCCAAUUUCUACGUCAGACUUCCUCGCUGUAAAGACUCUGCAGUCGAUGUACUGCAGGCUUGGCUUGGCCGUUCCGGCAACCGCCCUCUCCAAUUCCAGAUCACUGCCACGCUGGGAUUCUGUGGACAUCACUGUGGUUCUGCAUUGCUUACCACACUGGCUAGUACGUCUGCUCGCUGGCAGACCGUGGAGCUCGUGGAUGUGUCUAUAAAAUUCUUGGAUACGCUGGCGAUGCAGCGUGAGAUACAGCUCUGUUCUUUGCCAUUACUCAAAGAGCUUUCUCUGCGCUCUAGAAAUUGGGACAUUGAAUCCGAUGAUUCUCCCGAGUUCGAAGACCCUUCCACUGCAUACGAAGUCUUUUUCCGUGCCCCGAAUCUGGACACGUUGAUCAACCUUGACACUUUGAGUCUUUCCGUAUUCAAACUACCUUGGAACCAGCUCACGACCUACAUUGGAUCUGAUGCCUCACAUGCCAUCGACCAUUUGGAAAUCAUGUUACUGUGUCCGAACCUCAUUGAAUGCGAUGUUGCUUUUGAUCGUACACAUACUUGGCCCACUAUUCCCUCGCUUCCAUUGAAACAACUCAAAAAGUGGACCAUACGGGUUAGGAAUUCUGCUCAUGACCUUUCAUUGCUUUUGUCCCAAACAACUAUUGAGGUUCCGAAUCUCCAGGAAUUGGCCCUUCUUGCCGGCCCCUUUGUCCUUACCCCAAUUCUCGACUUAUUUCGACCCGUAUUAAUUUCUUCGGCGUGCUCACUUCAGUACCUUGAACUAUCUGGUAACACGAUAGAUCACUCGCUUAUGCGCUUUCUCGAAUCGGUUUCAACGAUAACUCGUCUCCGCGUCUGGUCAAGUCUGACAAUACUGCCACUACUUCAAAACCAGGAGGCAUUGGUACCAAUGCUCCAUACCCUGGAUAUCGGGCUCACCGAACGAGCAGAUAUAUAUGCAUUCGAUCUGACAAUUUUAGCGGUUGUUGUGCGGUCCCGUCGUCGAUCAGAUCACGUUGAAAGCAUUCGUCGAAUGAACAUCGUGGUGAAUAUGUGGGAAUUAGACAUCAUGGGUCUCCAUGUAUUUCCUCCCAUCAUGGAGGUUUUACAAGAGGAAGGGCUGGACAUACGUGUUUGUAAAAGAACAGAAAAGCUGUCUCGUAUCAAAUAAUGUUCGCUUCUCAUGAACCGACCUUGGAUGGCUUGGGUUCGCGACUGCACCGCUAAGCUACGAUCUGACAUGUCUGGCCUGGUAACUUGCUUCAGAGUGAAAGGGAAUCAGGUGAAGUUUUCGAAUACGCCGAGGGUAUAGAAUACAUAGAUGGUUCUCGAACUCCGUGAUGAGCAAACAAAGGAGCUCAUUCUAGGAUAAGAUAAGAUAAGGCCGACGUAUGAGAGACGACUUAGCGCGCACUGAGCGCUUC